UUUCUUCUCUUUCUGGUUGACCGAUUUCACUCGAUUGCAGUCCCAGUGCACGUUGUACGCCAGACGCUAUUUCUCAAGCCUUCAGCAGAAUGUACACUUUCGCCUCAUCUGCAGACCGACUCGGAUCUGAUUCCCGUGCUUGCAUUGUCUGUAGGCAUCAUCUCCUUCAUCAAAGCCGUGUUGCCUGAGCAAACUGUGGACGCCCAUGCUUGGUCGUCUACGCCAUCUCAAGUCCAUUCGCAGUUCAUUUUGGACAUGAUGUCGCAUUCCUGUCACGAAUAUGCUUGUUUGUAUGCCUAG